UACGGAAUCCUCUCUGCUUCGGUGGUCCUAUAUCCUAUGCAUAAUAUGCUUAACUGUGAAGCAGAGCAAGCUCGCUCAGUCAAACCAAACCUUCAACAAAACGACACCGCAUCCGUGAUUCUGCUCUGUCUUUAUACUCUGCCUCUUUAUCUGCUUUCUCUGUAAAUAUCUACAUACAACUCUAUUAUACAUUCUUUUUUACACACCAAACCAAAUUCUUGCCUUUCACGAGAUGAUAAUAGCUCUUUAGUCUUUUUUUCUUUGUCCCCUUUCUUCCUUUCUUUCUCUCUGUAUCUAUAAGAGUUUCACGUGUACCCGUUUAUUGAACUGUUCGAGGCUUUCAGCCUGUGAUUCUAUUUUGCUUUGAAUUGAGUGUUUUUGGUAGUAUUUUCAGCUUUAUUCUUAUCUAUUUCACUCAAGUUUAGAUUUUUUUUUUCCUUUUUAUUCUGGGUCAUACUUGAGGUAUUAAAGCUCUGUUCCUUUUUCAUUUUGUCCAACUUUAAGGUUACUGUUUUCUGGGUUUUACUCAAAAGUGAAUUUCUGUUUGCUUGAAUUCUAAUUCCAAGUGUAUUUUACUGUUAUUCGGUUCUUUGACCUGGCUUCUCACACAAAUUUGUGCUGCCUCUUAAUCUGGGAUUUGGUUGCAAGAGAUCACCCACAUUUGGGUUGUCUUUGAUCUUUCAUUUUCGUUGCAGAAAAGCUAAAAAAAUGAAGGGAUUUUUGCUCUUCAAUUUCUUGAUUUUACUUUUUAUGUCUUUGCUGUGCGGUCUUGGUGUGAGCAAAGAGUGUACAAAUAUUCCAACUCAGCUCUCAUCUCAUACAUUCCGAUAUGAACUACUAUCAUCAAACAAUGAAACAUGGAAGGAAGAAGUGUUUGCUCACUACCAUUUGAUACCAACUGACGAUUCAGCUUGGUCUAAUUUGCUGCCACGAAAGAUACUGAAAGAAGAAGACGAGUUUGAUUGGGCAGUGACGUAUAGAAAAAUGAAAAGAACUCUUCAAUCAUCUGGACAAUUCCUUAAGGAAGUGUCAUUGCAUAAUGUGAGAUUGGAUUCAAGUUCGAUUCAAUGGAGGGCACAGCAAACAAAUUUAGAGUACUUGUUGAUGUUGGAUGUGGAUAGGUUGGUGUGGAGCUUUAGGAAGACUGCUGGAUUGCCGACACCCGGCACAGCAUAUGGUGGCUGGGAGGCCCCGGAUUGUGAGCUUCGAGGUCACUUUGUAGGGCACUACUUGAGCGCAUCAGCACAUAUGUGGGCUAGUACUCAUAAUUUUACUCUCCAAAAGAAAAUGUCUGCUGUGGUGUCUGCUCUAUCUGCCUGUCAGGAAAAAAUAGGUUCGGGUUACCUGUCUGCUUUUCCAUCUGAGCUAUUUGAUCGCUUUGAAGCUAUAAAACCCGUCUGGGCUCCAUAUUAUACUAUUCAUAAGAUCUUGGCAGGUCUCUUGGAUCAAUAUACAUUUGCAGAUGAUGCUCAAUCUUUAAAAAUUGUGAAAUGGAUGGUUGAGUAUUUUUACAACCGUGUGCAAAAAGUUAUAUUCCAAUACAGCAUUGAGAGACAUUUUCUUUCACUCAAUGAAGAAACUGGGGGUAUGAAUGAUGUCCUUUACAGGUUAUUCAGCAUAACUGGAGAUCCAAAGCAUUUAAUAUUGGCUCACCUUUUUGACAAGCCAUGCUUCCUUGGCUUGCUCGCAGUACAGGCUGAUGACAUAUCAGGUUUCCAUGCCAACACACAUAUCCCUGUUGUUAUUGGAUCGCAAAUGCGGUAUGAAGUAACUGGUGAUACCCUUUAUAAGGAAAUAGGGACAUUCUUCAUGGACAUUGUUAAUUCUUCUCACAGCUAUGCAACUGGAGGAACAUCAGUAAGCGAGUUCUGGUCAGACCCAAAACGCUUGGCUAGUACACUUUCAACGGAGAAUGAAGAAUCAUGCACGACUUAUAAUAUGCUCAAGGUCUCUCGUCACCUAUUUCGAUGGACCAAAGAAAUGGCAUAUGCAGAUUAUUAUGAACGAGCUCUAACAAAUGGUGUGUUAGGCAUCCAAAGAGGAACAGAACCUGGAGUGAUGAUUUACAUGCUUCCACAAAGACCUGGAAGUUCUAAGGCCAGAAGUUACCACGGAUGGGGGACGCAGUUUGACUCUUUCUGGUGCUGCUAUGGAACAGGAAUUGAAUCAUUUUCAAAGCUGGGAGAUUCAAUAUAUUUUGAAGAGGAAGGAGAAACCCCUGGUCUUUAUGUCGUCCAGUAUGUAUCAAGUUCUCUUGAUUGGAAAAUUGGACAAAUGGUGCUCAAUCUGAAAGCUGAUCCUGUUGUGUCUUGGGAUCCUUAUCUUCGAGUGACAUUUACCUUCUCUCCAAACGAGGGGGCAAGCCAACAAUCCACGUUGAAUUUUCGGAUACCGAUCUGGACAAAUUCGGAUGGUGCCAAGGCAACAUUAAAUGCUCAAAGUUUGUCUGUGCCAGCUCCAGGUAGUUUUUUAUCAAUCACCAGAAAAUGGAGCAAUAGUGACAAAUUUUCCCUUCAAUUGCCACUCAGUUUGAGAACAGAGGCUAUUAAAGAUGACCGGUCCGAGUAUGCUUCUGUUCAGGCAAUUCUUUAUGGCCCUUAUCUGCUUGCGGGUCAUACCAGUGGUGCAUGGAACAUCGACUCUGGGUCAGCAAAUUCUUUUUCAGACUGGAUAACUCCAAUUCCUGCCACUCACAACAAUAAUCUAGUAUCUUUUACCCAACAAUCUGGAGAUUCAGCUUUUGUCUUAACAAACUCAAACCAAACAAUUACAAUGGAAAAGUUGCCAGAAUCCGGCACUGAUGCAUCUGUUUAUGCAACGUUUAGACUCAUCUCCAAUGCUUCUUCUUCAUCAGAAUUAUCAACAACUGAAGUUUGUCUUGGAAACUAUGUCAUGCUAGAACCAUUUGAUCUACCCGGCAUGGUUUUGGUGCAACAAGGAGAAGAUGGCAUUGCAAUCGCAAAUUCUGAUGGUGGCGAUGGGUCAUCCAUUUUCCGCUUGGUUUCAGGAUUGGAUGGGAAAAAUGGAACCAUAUCCUUGGAGUCAGUAAGCCAUGAGAACUGCUAUGUGUUUAGCGGCGCAGAUUAUAAGGCAGGAACAAGCUUAAAGCUUACCUGCAAUACAGAGUCCUCGGACAUUCAUCAAGGUGCCAGCUUUAUAAUGAGCAAAGGAUUAAGCGAGUAUCAUCCCAUCAGCUUUGUAGCAAAGGGAGGGAAAAGGAAUUAUGUUCUUGAACCAUUAAUGAGCUUCAGAGAUGAAUCCUAUACUAUUUAUUUUAACAUUCUUGGGAGGAAUCAGAAAACCUAGUCUAUUCUCUAUGGCAAUAAAUUACUUCUAUUGCAAAUGGGCUGAAGUGAUACUAAGAAGAAUUUAGGGAAAAGAAGAUCAUGAUCCCAGUGUGGAUCUUCAGGGUAGUUUAUUUCUGUUAUUGGGUUUAUUAUGUAGCCUCUGAUUUUUCAGGUUUCUCAUCACUUGUACCACUGCCCAAGGAUGGCUCAGUAUUAUAGGUAUAUAGAUAACGAUUACCUGAUGUGUUCUUCUUUGUUAAAAGGAUGUUUCAGCAUUUGAAUCUGAAACGUCAACAAUAUUGAUCCAGGCUACUUUGAAUCCGAAGUCUCUCUCUUUUCA